AUGGGGGACGCGGCCUCGCUCAGCGACAACAAGUCCACGCUCGAGACCGCUGAGGCGGACCUUGACAGGUCUCCCGCAGAAGAAAUCUUCCGACGCAAGCUUGAUCCAUUGAAAGAAAAAGUUGCGAAGCUGAGGACUAGGCGAACAGACGUGGGCAGCGAAUGUGACCAGCUCAGCCGCUUCAUCGCUAAGAAGCUAUGUCGUACCUUCGCCGACAAGUUUUACGUCACCCUACCGCGCGAGCUCCGCGAGAUGGUCUACGACUACGUCUGGGAUUGGGCCAUGCUCGGCCUCACCUUCGGCGACGUGACUCUGUAUGGAAACAGACAGCCAUCAGCAUCGGAAGGGGACCAAAGCCGUGCCUUGGGCCAUACCUUGCACGCAAGAUACCUGUCGUUGCUUCGAUUGGUGGGAACUUCCAUGCAAAAUCUCACCGACCUAGUGUAUCGAGAUCACUUCCACCUGGGUGUCAAGCCUCUCGAUCACGUCCGGCACCUUGAAAUUCCCUUACGUCAGGACGUUCUCAUCGGACGAGGUGAGCAGACAAGACACAAACUACAGAGUAUGGAAGGCCUGGAAAUUUUUCAGCACCAUCUUGAAGUGCUCUUGGAAUUGCGCGUCAAGAAGGGUUUUCAGCUGACAAUCCUGCUCACAUGGCAAUCCUUCUACAUCUACUGUAUGCCAGCUCUAGAGCGAUCACGAGCAGUAGUCAACAAGUUGCUCAUGGAAGAUGCGAAAAUUUGGAAGGUGAGGAAAGACCAUCGCCGUAAAGGCUACGUCUCAAGCCAUGAUGAUCUUGGGACGUUCCCUAGUGGCCUCUCAUUCUACGAAGACUUGACCGAUGAUGCAGAAAAAGCUGCAGAACGAGAAGAGUGGGAGAACGACCAGGAUAAGGUGGUUUUGGAACCUCUGGUGGGCUUAGAGGGUCCAACCAAGAGCGUUCCCAUGUCCUACGUCCCCAGCAUCCCUGCACACAUGGGUCCCAACUCACCUCACUAA